GCCGCCGCCACCCACCCACCAAAUCCCCCUCGGGAUCCAUCCCUCCCCAACCAUCGCUCGCCACCUAUAGCCUCCAUAUCCCCUCGCCCUCCACCUCGCGACCGAAGCUCCCCUACACCUCGCCGGAGAUGCGGCCUCCUCUGCUUCCUCUUGUGCCCGCAGCAACACCCAAGCUCCCGUGCCUCCCGUUCGUCCUCCUCGAAGACCAACAGAGCCCGAGUCCUGCAGCUGCCAUCGGCCGCGAGCACCCGAGGCCCCGUCCUCCCGAGCACACCUGCGGGUUCAGGUCCGAACCCCGCCGUCCUCGUCUUCUCGCGCGGCCAACCGCCUUGACAGCGACCUCCAGGACCACCGCCGCGCCCUGCUUCUUCCUCCUCCUCGAGGAGAUGCCCCUCGCCUCGAGCACCAGCGCUACAAGGCCUGCCUUCUGCAGUUCGUCGUCGCCGGAGUUCCCCACCAGCAGCAGGUUGCCGCACCUCUUCUCCGUCCACUCCUUCCUAUCUCCCUCUCACCGGACUCCCUCUGUCUCCUCUGUAACAGAGCCGUCGCCUGAGAGGCUCCUCGUCUGUCGCCACCUUCAACCAACGCCGGCCAAGACCUUGUCCACUCCUCGAACCGCGCAGGAUUUCUGCACCGCGUGCGUUUGCCAUCCGUCGCCGUCAAAUACCAGCGCCGCCGUGCUUCUGCCGUCCGCGUCGGCGAGUGCAGCGCCCAGCCGCGCCGACCUCCUUCAUCUCGUCCCAGCGCUGGACCUGGAGCCCGCGACUCCCGCCGGACCUCCGCCUCGCCCUGUUCGUCCGCUGCCUCCCGAAGGCCAUGGAGCCUCGCUGCCGACGCUCGCCCUUGCUGUUGUUCGUCCCCGCCGUUCGGCCACUGGAUCCGGUCGUCCUCCGUCAACUUCCGCCGGAUCCACGCUCAGCCAUCACCUCGCCUCGCCGGAGAUACCCCAAGUCCACCGCCGCCUUGCCAUGUCCCGCGCCAAGCCAGCGCGGCACCGUCCCCUACUUCUGUCGUGCGAGCACAUGAGGACGAGGCCAGCGCCAAGUCCCGCUCGCCCCACCCGCGCCCGUUGACCGCGUUGUUAUCCGGCCCAGUCAGCGCCUCCUCAGCCGGCCUGCCACCUCCACCGAACCGGGCCAAAGCCCAUUGCUUCGAUUUCGUUCCGGAGUUGUGAGGAUUCGUUCGACUACGCCCG